AUGACACAGCCCAUGAGGGCCGACCAAGCGCACCAGUCCAUCUCGACCCGCAAGUCGUCCAGCCUCUCCUCUCCAAGUGCGGCGCGCCGCCUUUACCGCAACCUCUCCGGAAAGUUCCGCGUGGGCACCAACCCCCCCUCCCUGGAGGACAGUGUAGUGUCAGGACGCAGCGGAGACAAGGAGCGGCUGCGCAAAACCACCAUCUUCCAGAGUAAUGAAGCCCUGUUCGAGGCAGUGGAGCAUCAAGAGCUAGACCUGGUGCAGCUGCUUCUGUCCCAGUAUAGUCUGGAGGAGCUGGACCUCAACACCCCCAACAGUGAAGGCCUGCUUCCCCUGGACAUCGCCAUCAUGACCAACAACGUCCCGAUGGCCAAGCUGCUGCUGCGAGCCGGGGCCAAGGAGAGUCCUCACUUCGUCAGUCUGGAGGGCCGUGCUGUCCACCUGGCCACCCUGGUGCAGGAGGCGGAGCAGAGGGUGUCCGAGCUCCAUGCGCAGGUGAACAGCGAGGGCCCCAGCGAGCACGACGUGUCCGACCGGGAGAGGCAGCUCAAGGCCUGGGAGUGGCGGCUGCGGCUCUUACGGCGCAUGCAGAGCGGCUUCGAACACGCCAGUCCCCCAGAUGCCCCCAGUGUGGUCCGCCUCUCGGUCAGCAGCAGCACCAGUCUCAGGGUGGACUUCCAGGAGCCUGUCUGUGUAAACUCUGCAGUGGUGACAAAGUAUAAAGUGAGCUGGAGCAGCUCGCCGCCGUACACCGCCGUGACCCCCCUGGGAGAGAUGGUGGUGGAAGACACCACCCAGCUGCACUGCACCAUCCCAGGACUCACCAGUGGCACGUAUUACUAUGUCCAAGUGUCGGCGUUCAAUAUGAAAGGCUGGGGUCCCCCGCAAGUCUCCACUCCAGCUUGUGCUGCUCCUUCCAGUUGGAGGGACGUCGGUGGUUGUCCUUCUCGGGUUAAAAGGAAGGAGACACUGGACCAACUCCUGGAACAGAUCAAAGAAGCUCAUCGCCACUGCAUUUGCCACGAGCAGUGCAAGGCUCCGCAGCAGGGAAGGAAGCACUCAGUCUCCAAAAGCCUCAGACACCUCUUCCAGUCCAACACCAAGUUUUUCAAAAGUUUAAAAAGAGGGCUCUACGUCACCACAAUUAUGUACAGAGACGACAACAUUCUGGUGACGCCGGAGGAUCAGAUCCCUGUGGUGGAGGUGGAGGACUCCUACUCCAACUCUCUCAUGCAGGACUUCUUAUGGUUCACCAAGGUGUCGUACCUGUGGGAGGAGAUCCCGUGGCUGCAGCAGUGUCUCAGCCCCACACAGACCUCCUGCUCCUGCACACUGCAGACACGGCUGAAGAUGCUGCAGGCGGUGGCUCAUCUGCAGGUGCCUCAUCCACCCUCACAACACCACCUCAUCCACCCUCACAACACAUCAUCCACCCCCGCAACACCACCUCAUCCACCCUCACACCACAUCAUCCACCCUCACAACACAUCAUCCACCCCCGCAACACCACCUCAUCCACCCUCACAACACAUCAUCCACCCUCACACCACAUCAUCCACCCUCACAACACAUCAUCCACCCUCACAACACAUCAUCCACCCUCACAACACAUCAUCCACCCUCACACCACAUCAUCCACCCUCACAACACAUCAUCCACCCUCACACCACAUCAUCCACCCUCACACCACCUCACCCUCACAACACCACCUCAUCCACCCUCACAACACCACCUCAUCCACCCUCAUAA